AUGAAACUUCUCCUCUCAGAGAGGGGAAGUGUUCAUGAAGGCAAUGUAUAUAAACGGGGUUCUCUGAGAGUCAGAUCGACUGAUCUUAACCUGGACAGGACCACGUUCACCAUGUUCCCCUCUAUAUCCACAGUACUGCUGCUCCUUCUGGGUUUGAUCACAGCUCACUGCUGGUCUGUGGAGACGCAGUCAUCUGAGUACAAUGCCAAAUAUUUGGAUAAUGAUUUCACAGGCCCAGAGAACAGUUCUGAGAAUGAUGAAAACACUGUGUCAGGUUUAAUUGAAAAGGCCAAUAAGAAAGUUGGUCAAGGUCCAGGUGAGCCACUGGUGAUGUUUGGGGACAUUGCUGUGGAUACUGGUUUAAACAAUGCAGACCCUUGCACGGCCAGGAACUGCACGUGGCCCAAGUCCAGCGAUGGGAAUGUCUACGUGCCCUACGAGAUCACAAAUCAGUACUCAAACCGUGAGAAAUCAGUGAUUGAAUCGGCUCUCGGCUCCUUUGCUUCCUCUACCUGUGUUCGCUUCAGGCCUCGCUCUGGAGAGAGAGAUUACAUCAGCAUUGAGUCACGUUCAGGGUGCUGGUCUUACGUUGGACGGACGAGAGGCGCUCAGGUGGUGUCCCUGAUGCGAACGGGGUGCGUCCAUCACAGUGUAAUACAGCAUGAGAUGUUGCACGCACUUGGAUUUAACCACGAGCAGUCUCGCUCUGACCGCGACGAUCAUGUUCGCAUCCUCUUCCAAAACGUCAUCUCAGGGAUGGAACACAAUUUCCGAAAAGUGCAAACCAAUAACCUGGGAACUCCUUAUGACUACAACUCAGUCAUGCACUAUUCCAGGACUGCUUUUUCCAAGAAUGGACAACCCACCAUAGUUCCCAUACCUGACCCAAGGGUGCCCAUCGGUAAAGCCACACAGAUGAGUCCCAAUGACAUCCUGAGGGUGAACAGGCUAUACAGAUGCAGUGAGUAUGCUCCUACAUACACAAAACACACAUGUCCGCAUAGACCAGAGAAGCCACUGCAGGCCCUUGGGAGAAGCCAGGUGAGGCAUGGGAGACAACUGUGGACACAUGGGGAGAAGUCUGGAGACACUCAGGAGAUGGCUGUGACCACUAGGGAGAAGCCAGGGAAGACCCAGGAGACGGAGAGGCGGUCCCAGAGGUACCCAGGAGCCACUCAGGAGCUGCCGGAGAGGUUUCAGGAGGGAAUGGCUUGGUGGAAUUAG